AUGGCAUCUAUAGCCCGCGCCUUACGGCCUUUGUCCAGGAGGGCGUAUGCACCUAUCCUAUCCACAGCAAGCAGAGCUACAGCCUCAAGGGCGGUAAGAUGCUCUCGCCCAUUCUCUUCCGCCCCUCAUCGCUAUAAUGCCGAACUCACCCCCACCCCCAUCACCUAUCUCUCCGAAACUGAGACGAUGAUGGCAGAGUCUGUCGCCAAAUUCGCACAGGAAGAGGUCGGGCCAAAGGUCAGAGAGAUGGAUGAGGCCGAGGCUAUGGAUCCUGCCGUUGUCGAGCAGCUGUUCGAGCAAGGGUUGAUGGGCAUCGAGAUCCCGGAAGAGUACGGCGGUGCCGGCAUGAACUUUACCUCGGCCAUUAUUGGUAUCGAGGAGCUUGCGCGCAUCGACCCCAGCGUUAGUGUCAUGGUAGACGUACACAACACUUUGGUCAAUACCGCAGUGUUGAAAUAUGGUAGCGCCGCCGUCAAGAAGAAGUGGCUGCCCAGACUGGCAACCGACACCGUUGGGUCGUUCUGCUUGUCAGAGCCCAUCUCUGGAUCCGAUGCGUUUGCUCUCCAGACUAAAGCCGAGAAGACUUCGUCUGGAUAUAAGCUCAACGGCAGCAAGAUGUGGAUCACGAAUUCCAUGGAAGCUGGGUUCUUCAUCGUCUUUGCCAACCUAGACCCUAGCAAGGGAUACAAGGGCAUUACUGCUUUCAUUGUCGAGAAGGACAUGCCGGGAUUUAACAUCGCCAAAAAGGAGAAGAAGCUUGGCAUCCGUGCCAGCAGCACCUGUGUUCUUAACUUUGACGACGUAGAGGUUCCAAAGGAGAACAUUUUGGGCGAGGAGGGCCAGGGAUACAAGUAUGCCAUCAGCUUGUUGAACGAGGGCCGUAUCGGCAUUGCUGCUCAGAUGACCGGCUUGGCCCUCGGUGCCUGGGAGAAUGCUGCUGGAUACAUCUGGAACGACCGCAAGCAAUUCGGUCAGCUCAUCGGUACUUUCCAAGGCAUGCAGCACCAAGUCGCUCAAUCAUACACCGAAAUUGCCGCCGCCCGUGCCCUCGUCUUCAACGCUGCCCGCAAGAAGGAGGCUGGCCAAGAUUUCGUCCAGGACGCCGCCAUGGCCAAGCUGUACGCCUCUCAGGUUGCUGGUCGUGUCUCCGGUCUUGCCGUCGAGUGGAUGGGAGGCAUGGGCUUCGUCCGCGAGGGUAUUGCCGAGAAGAUGUUCCGAGACAGCAAGAUUGGUGCCAUCUACGAGGGUACCAGCAACAUCCAGCUCCAGACUAUUGCCAAGACGUUGCAGAAGACAUAUACUAAAUAA